AUGGUUAUCUCCUCUCAACUCCCCCUUCUACUCCUCGCGGCCUGGGUUAUUUAUGCUACUAGUCUAGCUAUCUACCGCCUCUGUCUGAGCCCGAUCGCCAAAUUCCCGGGUCCCAAACUCGCCGCCUUGACGAAGUGGUAUGAAGCGUAUUAUGACAUCGUCUACAAAAAUGGAGGGCAGUUCUCGUUCAAGGUGCAAGAGAUGCACAGAAGAUACGGACCCAUCGUUCGCAUAAACCCGACAGAACUACACGUCUCCGACGCUGAGUAUUUUGAAGAGCUCUACACUAAGAACCCCAAAGCGGAUAAGCUGGAGUGGAUGGCGUAUCGCUUCGGUAUCCCGAGUAAUACGUUUGCAACGGUGCCUCAUGAGCUGCAUCGAUUGCGUCGGGCGGCGCUGAACCCGAUGUUCUCGAAACGCGCAAUCAUGAAGUACGAACCCGUGAUCCGCGAGAAGCUUGCUUUACUGUGCAAGCAAAUUGCAGACUACAACGCGACUGGGAAGAUUGUGAUGCUGCAUAACGGCUAUACGGCGUUCAUUGGUGAUGUGACCAUGGAGUAUGCGUUUGGUUUCUGCUACGAUAAGCUCAAGUCUCCUGGCUUUAAGGACAGCAUGCACGAAGCGUUUCUUGCUGCGAAUAGGUUUGGCCACGUGCAGACGCAUUUCCCGUUCUUUUUGCCAGACCUCGUCGCUCUCUGCACCCGCCUAACCCGCGGCGAAGACCUCUCCUCCAAACCCGUCUCCCACCCAACCGUCAUGUACGAAGUCCUCGCCAGCACGCUCCCACAGACCGAAAAAACCAUCAUCCGCCUCGUCGACGAAUCGGCCACUGUCGUCGGCGCCGGCAUCAUGACCACAGCCUGGGUGCUCAGCGUGACCACCUUCCACGUCACCAAUAACGCCUCUAUCCAGCAUAAACUCCGAAACGAGCUCGAGGCGGCGCUCCCAGACCCGACGCAGCCGCUCGACUGGGUCAAGCUCGAGCAACUCCCGUAUCUCGCCGCCUGCGUAAAAGAGGGGCUGCGGCUAGGCUUUGGUGUUGCGACGCGGAUGCCGAGACUGGCGGAGGACGCGACGCGGUACAAAGAGUGGGUAAUCCCGCCGCGGACGCCAGUGUCGAUGGCGCUGUUGGAUCUCAUGCUUGACGAGAGUGUGUUCGCCGACCCGCACGCCUUCGUCCCAGAACGGUGGCUUGGGAAUCCGAAGACGGCGAGCGGGGAGCCGCUGGAGCAUUAUCUUCACCCGUUUGGGGGCGGGAGUCGGAUUUGUCUGGGGUUGAAUCUCGCCUACGCGGAAAUCUACCUGGGGCUUGCGGCUAUAUUUCGCCGGUUUACGUUUGAGUUGUACGAGACGGAUGAGUCGGAUUUUCAUAUCCAGUAUGACUUCUUUAUGCCGAUUGCAAAACUGGACUCAAAGGGGCUCCGGGUCACGGUCACGUCUGAUGUGUUGGGCGGGUGA